AUGGCGCCUAACAAGCCCAAGGCGGGCCACGUCAAUAUGAUGGCUGAUACUAACAUCGCCAACUUGCCCAUCGAAGGACUGCGAGCAGUCAUGCGUGGCAUUCUGGCAAAUAGACCGGACUGCACGCCUGUGUUCGAGCAGCAGACCCGACAGUAUCUGGGAGAUACGGCCUCGCAGUUCGUGAAUGUCACAGUGAUCGAACAGGCGAAUGGAUCAUUCCAAACGACAAGCGCCUUCCACCAACUGCGCAGACGGAUUUGCUGCAUGGUCGGAUGCGGGAUGUGCUACCAGGCGCUGCCUCUCUUGCAGGGCAUGGUUGAGCAGAUUUCGAACGUUCAGCUCGGGCCGGCCCAGUCGGAUCUGGUGGAUCAGAUUGCUGGUGUCGAUGGAGACAUCAUCCAAGCCAUUACCGCUGUCCAAAAGACCCUCUUUGUGGAGUCCGGGUCUCGGGAUCUGUCCCAGAUUGAAAAGGCCCCUCUGGAGGCCUUGUUAGCGUCUCUCACCGCUUGCAAGGCUGCCUGGGCGAGCAAUCCAUUCCCUUUCGUGUUGGACAGAGGUCUUGAGGCGACUAUAGAUAUAGUGAACCCGGCUCUGGCAUCGGCUGCCGCUGCCGCUGCCACUGCGGCAUGCAAUGACGAUUUCCUUGUCGAGAAGGCGCCGCGUGCUAUCUCGGAGACCUUCCAGAUGGCAGACGUUAAGCUUCCUCGCGUGUUCUCCGGUCUGUGGCAGCUGUCCAGUCCCGCAUGGGGAAGCGCACCCCGGUCCAAGAUCAUGCAGCAAUUCUCAAAGCAUGUUGAAGGUGGUCUGACAGCCUUCGAUAUGGCCGAUCACUAUGGCGAUGCAGAAAUUCUGUUUGGUCAAUACCGAUCUUCUAGCAAGAACUCUGAUGCCCUCUUCGCUGCGACUAAAUACUGCAUCUUCCAUCCUAUGAAAGUGACGCCCGAUGCUAUCCGCGCAAAGGUCGACGAGCGUUGUCAGAGACUGCGCACCAACAAGCUCGACCUCUUGCAGUUCCACUGGCAAUUUUAUAACGAUCCCCAAUACAUUGACGCUCUGAAGUACCUCCAACAAGACAGCCGAAUCCAACAUCUUGGUCUCUGCAACUUCGACACAGAGCAUAUGCAAAAAGCGAUUGAGAGUGGAGUCAAGGUCUACACUAACCAAGUCCAGUUCUCCCUCAUCGAUUCCCGCCCAACAGUGAAGAUGGUGGAGUUCUGCGACAAGCACGACAUCAAAUUGCUCACCUACGGCACACUGCUGGGUGGCCUGCUAGCAGAAAAGUGGGUCGGCCAGGCAGCGCCGGACCUAUACGCUGAGACAAUGACCCCCAGUCUCCGCAAGGUGAGAAUCCCAAGAGCCCCACUAGUAAGCACCAUUAACCAAGCCUAG